GGGCAAUGAGGCUGCUUCAUUUCGGCAAUAGUACCUCUAUUAUUGUGCCGCCUUGCAGGUUUAGGAGGAGAGCGGAGCGAUCUCCCGCAAGUUGCGAAAAAUUUAGUUAGAAGUUGUUGUCGCUACCAAGGAGUCAGCAGGCGCAGCGUUGUCACAGGCUUGGGUGAAGGGAAGGGAAAGGAAGGGAAAGAAGGGAAGGGCCGGCCGGGACAAGGCUCGAGAAAGAACGCCUUUGACCUCUCCGUUUCACCUCAGCUUCUCCACACAAUUUCUUGGUGUGGAACGGUGCAAGAACCGCCCUUGAACAACCCCAGGUCAUGGCGGCCAAGAGAUAUCCCCAGUUCCUUCUAAUAGGAGAUUCCAUCGUUCAAUUCAGCAGUCUCUUGCGUGAUGGCUUUUGCUUUGGUGCUGGGCUGGAAGAACACUGCCAGCGGAGACUCGAUGUCAUCAACCGGGGUUUGAGCGGAUACAAUACGGCCCACGCCUUGGUCAUUCUUCAAGAUCUCAUUCCAUCGGCUUCAUGUGCUAAAGUGGAUUAUCUUCUCAUUCUCUUCGGUGCCAACGACGCCUGUCUCAAAGACGGUCCGACCAGUCAACAUGUCCCAUUGCAGAUAUACCGGGAAAAUCUGAAGACAAUUCUCAACCAUUCUUCAAUAACCGUUCACAGUCCAACCAUUUUCCUGGUCACUCCACCUCCCAUCAAUGAGGUCCAUCUGGAGGAAUUGGACUUGAAGAAGGGUUACGGUUCUGUCACUCGACACCAAGAAGUCACGGCUCAAUAUGCCGACGUUGUUCGCGAGGUUGCGAGAGAGCACGAGGAUAGAAAAGUAGUACUAGUGGACCUCUGGGAGGCUUUGAUGGACGCACGACUUAGGUUGACCCCAACGUAUGUGGGACAAUGUGAGAAGCGUGAUGACGAAGGACUCCGGAACCUCCUAGUGGACGGUCUGCAUCUUACUGGCGAUGGCUACAAGGUCUUCUUGGACAAGCUCUUGCCCUUGGUAGGAAAGGAAUGGGCAGUUGAACCCCUGGACAAUCCUUCAUGGAUUUUCCCUCACUGGUCAAUUGCUCCAAAGACGGAGUGAACUUUAGAAUUCAGUGGCAAUUGACAUGCGAGCAGAUGAGAUGAAAAUGGUGAAGCUCUCCAAGCAAAACACCAAAGCAACGGAUGUGUGUUUGCCAAGCAAGCAAAACCAGUCAGCAUAGCAAACAUGCCUGAUUUUGCAGCCAUCUUGAAAACAAAACUACAGUACAAAAAAAUACAAUUGUGACUCUUCGAU